AUAAUGUUUCGCAUUACUUUUGUACUAAUUUGGCCUUAUGUGUGCAUUUCAGGUUUCCGAUUUCUUCUGCAAAUUAAUACAGAGGGUGGCUCCGAAGAGCUACCAGCAGGCUCAUGGUGAAGUUUAUGUUACUCAAAAAUUUCUGGAGAAUUUUGCUGGUGAUCAGGUUCGUUUCCUGGCUAGGUCUUUUGCAGUACCUGGGAAUCAUCUUGGGCAGCAAAGUCAUGGUUUUCGUUGGCCUUAUGGUCCUACAGCGAUAAUUACUCCUUUCAAUUUUCCUUUAGAGAUUCCCGUGCUUCAAUUGAUGGGUGCACUAUAUAUGGGAAAUAAGCCUGUUCUAAAAGUUGAUAGCAAGGUAUGCAUUGUUAUGGAACAAAUGCUUCGGUUGCUCCACGAAUGUGGGUUACCUGUGGAGGAUGUUGACUUCAUCAAUGCUGAUGGGAAGACAAUGAACAAGCUAUUAUUGGAGGUCGGUUUUCGUCAAUAUGAGAAUAGCUAAUACUAAAUUAAUGUC